CGCUUUGUUAUAAGAUUGAGGCCCGUUAGAUCCAAAAUAUCGAAAGUGUUGUUCCAUCUCUCUCACUACUCCCUUCUCUGUUUCUUCCCCAUUUCUUCUACGUUUGAUUUUCACUACCAAAAUCAAUCGAUCGACAAAGAAAGAUUACGCGAGAGAGUUUUAAAUCCGUUAAAGUAUUAGGGUUUCUUAUUCUCUUCCACAAAUUUCGCCGACCGAUGUCUCUGCAUCCUCGAGACUGAAAAUUGAUCUCUUCGAUUUCUAUCCUCUUCUUUCCACACCAAAAACCCUAGAGAAUGGAUGUUCUUAAGGCAGCGACUAUUAUCGUUGCCCUAAUCUGCUCUUGGAUUACAAGUGAUGUGUAACUACUUUUGUUGACAGCCAUGGUGAUACCAAAGUUCAAUAUGACCUGGCCUAUUGUAAGAUCCAGAACCAUAGAUUUGCGUGGGUUUUGGUUAUCAGUGCGUCUUUGAUUUCUAUUCUGGCUUUUUGUAUUUGUAAUACAGAAAGUUCGGAACCAGAUUUGGCUAUUUCACCAUAAACAUCAAAGAACUGAUGACAUGUAACGAGUGUGCUGAGGAAGCAAAAAAGAAGAGUGCAAAAGCUGAAAAAUCUCGUAAAUCUGCUUCAGAAGGGAAGAAGAUGCACAACCACCUUCAUACACAGCCCUUCGAGGAAGACUCACAUGGAGAGGACAUACAAAGAAGGAUACAAUCUACGGUCUUGGCAGUGUUCAGAACAAGAUACAACAUCCAUUGGUGGGGUUUUGACGGAGAGAUCGGUUAA